AUCUAAUCUAACGGUUGACCAUUGCAAAUUCUAAGGACCGUCAUCGUCACCAACCUCUCCACGUAGUGUCGUUGAGUCGAGUGGUAGUAAGUUAAUCUUCAGAAACCCCCCGGAGAAUUAUAAAUAGUACUACCUACUACUCUAUAUGGGUUUCGGUUGAACAAACCUAAUCUCACAACCCGAAUCAAAUCCCCCCAAUUCCUUUUUCGAUCGCUCGAGCUCGAAACACACAGCUAUGGCGAUUGAUCCUGAGCAGCAACCAAUCUCCUCUGUUUCCAGAGAGGUUGGUAAGUCAUCUGGUGAGAUCAGCUCAGAAAGGGAGCCUCUUAUUAAAGAGAAUCAUGUCCCAGAAAACUACUCUGUUGUUGCAGCCAUUCUCCCGUUUUUCUUUCCAGCUCUCGGAGGACUGCUUUAUGGUUAUGAAAUUGGUGCAACUUCUUGUGCAACCAUUUCACUUCAGUCGCCUUCAUUAAGUGGAAUUUCAUGGUACAACUUGUCCUCAGUGGAUGUUGGUCUAGUUACCAGUGGCUCACUUUACGGUGCAUUAUUUGGCUCAAUUGUGGCUUUUACUAUUGCUGACGUUAUAGGAAGAAGAAAGGAGCUGAUUUUGUCUGCAUUAUUGUAUCUCAUUGGAGCCCUUGUGACUGCACUAGCACCAAUCUAUUCCGUUCUGAUAAUUGGACGGGUUACUUAUGGGGUCUCAGUUGGACUGGCAAUGCAUGCGGCUCCGAUGUACAUUGCAGAGACUGCUCCAAGUGAGAUUCGUGGACAACUGGUAUCACUAAAGGAAUUCUUCAUAGUCCUUGGGAUGGUUGGAGGUUAUGGAAUCGGUAGUCUUACAGUCAACAUUCUCUCUGGUUGGCGUUACAUGUAUGCAACAAGUGUCCCUUUGGCUAUUAUUAUGGGAAUUGGGAUGUGGUGGCUCCCAGCAUCCCCUAGGUGGCUUUUGUUGCGCGUCAUACAGGGGAAAGGGAAUGUGACGCAACAAGGGUCUCAAUUCUGCUUGGUCUAUUGA